AUGACACUCGCAACUAGGCAGCUCAGUAAGGCUGCUCGUAUCAUCCUCAUCGGCGCCCCUGGUGUUGGAAAGGGCACCCAAACAGAAAGACUUCUUGCCAAGUUUCCACAACUGGCUUCGAUAAGUUCCGGAGACCUCUUACGAGAAAAUGUGCGCAAGAAGACACCAUUGGGGCUUAAAGCAGAGACCGCAAUGCAAGCAGGAAACCUCGUCCCCGAUUCAUUAAUCCUCGAGCUUAUAUCUUCCGAAUUCCAAUCAAAGGGCUGGCUUUCCGCAUCGUCGAACUCGUCUAUUUCCUCCAACGCCUCAUUCAUCCUUGACGGUUUCCCUCGCACCGCUACUCAGGCUUCCAGCUUAGAGACACUUGUUCCUAUCAAUUUCGUUGUCCAGCUCGUUACACCCCCAUCCAUCAUUCUCUCCCGGAUAGCGUCUCGCUGGGUCCACGAGUCGUCCGGAAGAGUGUAUAACACCGAUUUCAACGCUCCCAAGGUUCCCGGAAAGGACGAUAUCACUGGGGAACCUCUGACUCAGAGAGAGGAUGACUCGAUUGACACAUGGAAGCAACGACUGCGCAAAUUCGAGGAAACCAGCGAGCCCUUGCUCCAGCAUUACGAGCGCAAGGGCUGCUUAUGGCGUGUUGAGGGCAACACCAGUGAUGAGAUUAGCCCACAGCUUUUCGCGGAGGUAGAGAAGAGGUUUUGCUAA